GCAGCCGCCGGGUCCGAGCCUCGCCCCCCGCAGCCACUGAGCCCCAGCCGACCUCCCCCAGGCCAGACUGUCCUCUCGCCCAGCGUAGCCACGGCAGGCACUUCGGCGGCCCCGCCCCCGGAGCCCCCCACUCAACUUCUCCGCGCCCUCUCCCCCAACCAGCGGCUUAGGGGGCUCCCUCCUUCGCCUGCCCAAGCGGGGUCCGGAGAGGGUGGGGGUGAGUGCACGCGCGAGAAAGACGGAGAGGGAGGAAGAGCGCUCUAGAGAGAAGCCGAACCCUGGACUGCCAGGGCCGUGGGACUAUGAUCUGAGGCAGGGGACUGCGGCGGAGAGUUGGCUCGGCUCUUUGGAAGAUGAACAACGCAGAUUCACCAAAGCCACCAUUAGCACCAAAGCCCAGGACUUCUGGUCACUUUACGCCAGUAGCCAUUUCCAAGUUCCCUCCAUCCCCCCGUUCAGAUAUUCUCCACAGUCCCAACUCUAUGUCUAGAGGACCCAAACCACCCAUCGCUCCCAAGCCCAAGUUGGCCGCUACCAAUAGGGGGAAAGCUCGUGUGUACAUGAACAACACCUUCAACAAAUGCAGCAAUGGGAAAUUGAUCUGUUCAGAUGGAGAGUUGUAUGAAGGGAAUCAGUCCAACCCUGAAUGCUCAGAAUCAGAAGCUGAUGAUGAAUAUAUCUUGGUCACCGAAACUCUGCUGACUAAGGGAGACUACAGAGUAUUGGAGCAGGAGCAUGCAUGCUGUGCAGAAAAUGAGAAGUUGACAUCUUUGGCAGCAACCAGGGAGGAGGAAACUGAGGCAGAGGACCCCUGUUCCAGCAACUGCUCCAGCAGCUUUGAGGCCAAGGUAGAAGAGACAGAAGAGGACUCUCUAACUUCCACUGACAGAGGGGAUGACUCAAAUGAACUUCCUCAAGGUGGGGACAGUGAGAGGACUGACCCAGGAGGAACUGAGACCCAAGACCCCGUGUAUGAAAAUACUGGGGAGGACACAGACUGUGAAAAUGAUGCAGGUGACAAGGAUAAGCUUCUCAUGAGCAAGGAAGGGGACAGCCUGAUAGAGAACCAAAAUGGAUAUAGUUUGGAAAGGGAGAGGAUUUGUUCUGGCAGUGAGGACUACAAGGAUAUUAUUUUAACCCACAUGGCUUCAGAUGAGCCAGAGGCCAGUGGCGAGCAGCCAGGGGAGCCUGAAGAAUCACUGGAUGUUGGGGAUGCCAACACUGAAAAGGGUGCUGAUGCAGAACCAAGUUUGUCAGACCAUUAUGAUGCUUCUGAUAUUCCCCCUGCUAGAGGAGAAGCUGAGGGAGGGGAAGCUGAAACUGAAACUGAGUGCAAUGAAGGCUUAGCACCCUGCAAUGAGCUCAAUGAAACUGACUCAGCCGUAGAAGAUCCUGAAAUCACAGACUGGGAAAACAAAGACAAUGUGCACAAGGGCGAUCGAGAUGCUGAGGCAAAAGAUGACCAAGAAGAAGAAGAAGAAGAAGUAGCCGUCCAGGGUGUGGGAGAAGAUGCUCAAGAUGCUGGAGACACAUUGAAGGAUGAAACUGCUGAUGAGAGCUGCCAGAUUGUUCCUUUUGAAAGUGAAGGUGGUGAUGAGCUUCUGGACUCUCUUCCAGAAAACUCCUUUGCAUUUCUCCCCACUGAAAGCACGUCCUUCUGCAGUGGCAGCUGUUACCCUCUUUCUGAAUCAAUGAAAGACUCAGAAUCUGGAAUGGAGGUAGACUUGGGGGCCACCUCAAUGGGGUUUCUUGUUACAGGAAGUCGAACUGAAAGCACUUUGAAGGAAAACCAUGAAACAAGAGGAGAAGCAGAUGAUGUUUCUGGAGAUGGCACAACUCUCCCAGAACAGACGCAAGACGAUGAGCAGGCUCCUGUCACUGAACUUGUAAAUAAUCAAAGUGGAUCUCCAGAGGAUGGGGCUUUCGAGGUUCCUGCAGUAGUCGUUGUGCCAGAGGAAACUCUCGAUGAUGAAACAGUAGAUGACUCCCUCAUUGACCCCUAUGUGAUGGGAGUCAGCCUGAUUCACCGGGAUGAGAGUAUUUUUCCAGGAGGAAGGGGAUACUCCGAAACAAAAGGAGAAGAAAGCGCUCAGAGCAACUGUAGCACUAAAGAAGAAAUAAAUGGCGAUGCUGACAAUGGCCUGAUUGCUAUGGAUAGGAAAAACAUUGUUACAAGGGCCCGAUCUCACUCUGGGAAAGUGCCUGGCUACGUCCCGGAAACAGUCCCUGAAGAAACAGGGCCAGAGACAGAUUUGUUAGCCGUGGACAGCAGGCAUUCGGGGCAAGAAGGAAACAAGACUUGGCUGCCAAUGGAAGGGAAACCACUAGAAAUCAACAGGGCCUUGCCGGCCAAGCCAAGAAGCUUCAUCUUGUAUCCUCGGUCUUUCUCUGUGGAAGGCCGAGAUCUUCCCAUCUCCUUGUACCGAGAGUUAGAAGAAUCUAUGUUGGAUGACGGAAGGAUAAAAAGGAAAGAGGACAAUCUUUCUUUGCCUGGGGUCAUUGGGUCCUCGGGGAGCUUCUCCCAAAGAAGCCAUCUCUCUUCCAGUGGCAUGUCAACCCCCUCUUCCCUUGUGGAUAUCCCACCUCCUUUUGACCUGGCCUGCAUCACAAAAAAGCCAAUUACAAAGAGUUCCCCUUCCCUUCUUAUUGAUAAUGACUCUCCUGAUAAAUACACAAAGAAGAAAAAAUCAUCCUUUAAGAGAUUCCUGGCCCUGACAUUCAAAAAAAGGACGGAGAACAAAGUCCACGUGGACGUCAAUGUUUCUUCUUCCAGAUCCUCCUCAGAGUCCAGUUACCACGGGCCCUCAAGGGUCCUGGAGAUUGACAGGAGGAGCCUCAGUAACUCUCCUCAGCUCAAGUCCAGAUCGGGAAAGCUUCGAGCUUCAGAGUCUCCCUCCUCCAUCAUCUUUUACAGAGACAUGAAGAGGAAAGGGGCCGCAUUCAGCCGGAGUGUGUCCAGAGUGGAGUCAUUCGAGGACCGCUCCCGGCCUCCUUUCCUGCCCCUUCCCCUGACAAAGCCACGGUCCAUUUCGUUUCCCAACGCAGACACUUCGGAUUAUGAGAACAUCCCAGCAAUGAACUCAGAUUAUGAAAACAUCCAAAUCCCUCCUCGGAGACCUACGAGGGCUGGGACAUUUACCAAGCUUUUUGAAGAUCCCAGCAGGGCAUUGUCAACAGCAAAUGAGAAUGAUGGCUAUGUGGACAUGAGUAGUUUUAACGCAUUUGAGAGCAAGCAGCAGACCACAGAUCAGGAAACGGAAAGUGCCUACACGGAGCCGUACAAGGUCUGCCCGAUCUCGGCGGUGGCCACAGAGGAUGUCUCAUCUGAUGAAGAGCAGAAAUCCUCUGAAGAGGAGGAGAGCAGCCAGAGGGAGCCAGGCCUCACCCACAAGAAGGAAGGACAAUCCCGAGCUUAUGUCAUCGCUCAGGAGCUGUUGUCUUCAGAGAAAUCAUACGGGCAGGUGCUGCAACACUUAAUGCUGGAUUUCCAUGAGGCAAUACUGAAAGCCCUAAGUGAGGAAACAGAGGAUAAUGAAGAGUCGCUAGCCAGAGGUGAGCUGCGCCAAGGCUUGAGUGAGCUUCCCGCCAUCUAUGAACUACACCAAGAGAUCCUGAGUGAACUGGAAGAGAGAAUACUGAACUGGGAAGAGCAGCCAAAGGUAGCCGACAUUUUCCUCACCCGGGCACCAAAAUUCGACCACCAUGUGGCUUACAUCGUAAAGUUUGAUAAGAAUUUGACUCUACUCAAUGGAAACUACAUCAAGUCUUCCCAACUGGCUGCCACCAUCCGGGAAUUUGAGAAGAGUCCUCAAAGUGGUGGCCAGGGUGUGAAGCAUCAGCUCCUGAAGGUGAUUGAGCACAUCUUCCAGUAUCAAGUGCUCCUCACAGAUUAUUUGAAUAACCUUUGUCCAGACUCAGCAGAAUAUGAAAAUACCCAAGAUGCUUUGGCCCUCAUCUCCAAAGUCACAGACCGAGCUAACGACAGCAUGGAGCAAGGGGAAAACCUACAGAAGUUGGUCCACAUCGAGCACAGCGUCAGAGGCCAGAACAACCUCCUCCAGCCAGGAAGGGAAUUCCUGAAAGAAGGGACUUUGAUGAAAGUGACAGGAAAAUCCAGACACCCUCGACAUCUCUUCCUGAUGAGUGACGUCCUUCUUUACACAUUCCCCCAGAAGGAUGGUAAAUACCGGCUGAAGAACACACUGGCUGUGUCCAGCAUGAGGGUCAGCCGCCCUGUGAUGGAAAAAGUCCCAUAUGCACUGAAGAUAGAGUCAGCUGAGUCCUGCUUGAUGCUAUCUGCAAGCUCGUGCUCAGAGAGAGACGAAUGGUACAGCUGCCUCAGCAGAGCCCUGCCAGAGGACUACAAGAUGCACACCCUAGCUGCCUUCCAUAACAGCGUUGAGAUCCGAGAAAGGCUUGGCAUCUGCCUGGGUGAGAGGCCCCCUACCUUGGUGCCUGUGUCCCAUGUAAUGAUGUGUAUGAACUGUGGCUGUGACUUCUCCCUCACCCUGAGACGCCAUCACUGUCAUGCUUGCGGAAAGAUCGUUUGUCGAAACUGUUCGAGAAAUAAGUAUCCCCUGAAGUAUCUCAAGGACCGGCUGGCCAAAGUCUGUGAUGGCUGUUAUGCAGAGCUGAAGAAAAGAGGAGGGGAUGUCCCAGUGCUGUUGAAAGAGCGGCCAGUGAGCAUGAGCUUCCCCAUGUCGUCAUCCAGGUUUUCCAGUGGUGCUUUCUCUUCUGUCUUCCACAGCAUUAACCCCUCUGCCUUCAAGAAACAAAAGAAAAUCCCUUCAGCUCUUACGGAGGUGGCAGCCUCCGGAGAGGGAUCUGCUAUCAGCGGCUAUCUGAGCAGGCGUAAGAAAGGCAAGCGACACUGGAAGACACUUUGGUUUGUCGUCAAAGGCAAAGUCCUCUACACCUAUAUGGCCAGUGAGGAUAAAGUAGCUACCGAGAGCAUACCUUUGUUGGGUUUCACCAUUGCCCUAGAAGAAGGAAACCGAGAAUUAGGACUUGUUUUUCAUCUUUACCACAAGCAAACUCUGUUUUACAGCUUCAGAGCAGAGGAUGCCAAUUCUGCACAGAGAUGGGUUGAAGCCAUGAGAGAUGCGACUGUAUUAUAGCAGUUAUCAUUCAAGUGGACUUGGACUACAGACUCUUAGAUUUAUAUAAGUCCCCAAAGACCCUUCUUUAAGAAGCUCUAUAUGGUGUAUCUCAAUUCAUCUGGACGUACACACUGGAUUGGAAAAGCGGGUCUUCUUUUUUUUUUUUUUGCUUCAACCCCCUUUGAUACACAGUUUCACAAGUGAAAAUUUUAAUAUAAGUAAUAUUUAUGCCCCCCCCUCCUCCUUUCCAUUUUUACAUGUUCAGCCUAUGCUCUAACUUCCUUCUUUAUCCAUUAGGGAGCUGAUUCAAUGACAUAAGGAUAUGGAAAACAAACUUGAUAAAGAGAAUUGUUAAAUAAGUCAGAUACAUAAGCAGUAUUGGAUAUUUAGUAGAAAAUGAGGCUUUUAAAGUUUUCCUUAUUGUGAAAUACUAUCGACUCUUAAUUUGGUGGAUUUGGGUGCCUACGGUGAAGUAAAAAUGAUGCAGAAACAGCCAAUCUCAUUUAAAGCACUUUAUUGUUUUACUGAACUGUAAUCUAUAUUGGGUUGUUGUUUUUUUCAAGUAAUUUACUUAAGUAAAUAACAGAUAGAGUCCUGUGGACUAAUUUGCCACCAGUACUAUUCCAAGUACUAGCAUAAAAUUGUAUCCCGCAAAUGAGUAAUCAUUCUUCCUUACAAUGAGGGAGCAAAUGCAUGUAGCACCCUAUGAUACAGUAGAAUAUCUGUAGUUCAGUGGCAAGGACUGGAGUAUUUUCUCUCUUCCCAUUUAUAAAUGUUACAUAAAUAAUGGAAUAAUUUAUUGAGUGAAAGACUUCUUCCUUCCCACUGAAGCACUUAAAAAUGCACUACUCCUGAAAACUUCCAUGUUAGCUAAUGCCACCUCCCCUGAAAAUUACAUCAGAGACCCCAAGAAUCAAAGGGAUAUUUUAAUUUAUUGUAUGCCUUCCUACAAUUUAAAUCUGAUGCAUUCUCAUUGUUAGAAUUGUAUUUAAUAGAACCUAUACUUACUUUAGAAAUGGUAAUUCUACUUUAUUAAGGCCUUCUUUGUUUAGAGAGAGAGAGAGAGAGA